AUGGUUGGCCAGAUCGGUACUCAUGAUGGAAAAUUUCACUGUGAUGAGGCGUUUGCUUGUUACAUGAUAAAACGAUUGGAUGAAUUCAGGGACCAUACGAUCGUAAGGCAGUUUAAUGAAACUAUGCAAACGUUAGGUGUACUGGAUUUCAACACAAAGUUAAGUUCAGCAGGAUUAGUUUAUGCUCACUAUGGAAAGCAGUUAAUCGCUGAGAUUCUUGGUUCAUCACAUGAGGAUAAACUUGUGGGUAUUCUCUAUAGGAAAAUUUACGAAUCUUUUGUUGAGGCAAUAGAUGCUAUCGAUAACGGCAUCCCACAGUAUGAUGGUAUCCCAAGGUACUACAUGCAUGGUGGACUUUCUGAGCGAGUUGGAUUUCUCAAUCCACAUUGGAAUGAAGUAAACGUCAAUCCGGAUGAGCGCUUUCAGCAAGCCAUGGAACUUGUUGGAGGUGAGUUUGAGUCCACAGUUACAUACCUAGCCAAUGUUUGGUGGCCAGCUCGAGAAAUUGUUGAGAAGGCUGUGGAUGAUUCUCUACAGGUCGACUCAAGUGGGAGAAUUGUCCUGCUUACUCCUUCUUCCGUUCCCUGGAAAGAACACUUAUUCCAAAUUGAAGAAGAGAAGAACUUGAGUUCGAGAAAGAUCACUUACCUAGUUUAUGAGGACUCCACGUCGAAGAGUUACCGAUUACAAGCCGUUCCAAAAGACAAGUUCUCAACGUUUGAAAGUAGGUUAGUGGCAUUACUUCGUGGGAUUUGCCGCCAUUUUACCAAUUUAUUUCGCUGCCAACUCAGCAGCAGAUUUAGUCCUGUCCCUAACUUCGUUUUUUAA